UGGAGACGGAGAGUGUCCGCUACGUCUACCAGCCUCUGGAGAGACUGUACAUGUUGCUGGUGACCACUGAAGUACAAGCAUGGAGAUGAAAAAGUGUCCCUUGUAGGAGAGGUCGUUCUUAUCUCGGAGGGUCCCUUAUCAGAGGUUCCACUGUACUCCUUAUGCCACUCCUUAUACACAAUUGUCCCUCCUUGACUUCUUACCUGACUUAUUAACCCUCUCUUCUUUUUCUUCAUUGUAUGUGUGUUGUCGUCUUUAUUUCUUUUAUCUCAUCUCACCUAUAUCAUAUUCUGUCGUAUUUCUCUUUCUAAUUUCUCCGACCCCCUCAUCUCCCUCCCUCUCCCUCCCUCUCCCUCCUCCCCCUCCUCCCCAAUUCACAUCCUCACACCUUCACAGAGAUGGGGAAGAAGAGUCCCAAACUCUAGGCGGAGAAGGAGUGGGCGAUAUUGGUCCGGAGCCCAGGGUUCUCCCCCCUGUCCCAUCGCCCUACCCGGAGGAGGUGGCAGGAGUGAAGGAGGCUCUGUACACGGCCUGGGUCCCGAGUCCCUGGACUCUGGGGCUCCUGUCUCGUCAGACACCAGUGGACCAGUCUCACCUCACCUGCCCCGGGCUGGUGGCAGACAUCAAUAUGCAUGAUCCAAUAGCAGAGUUGCUGGCAGCCCGAUUUUCCCGCAGAGUCCCGCAAGACUCUGCCGUCAAUGGAGAGUGUUGCCAUGGACAUGGCCGGCCUCCGCAGGCUCGUGAGAGAGGGGUGCUACCACGCAGCACUGGAGCUAACUGGGAGGUUCCUGUCGGCUCACGGUCAGGGCCUCGGUCAGCCCAGUCUCCACACACACAAGACCCUACAGAUGUGGGGAGCGAGACUGGCUCUCCUGGUGGUGAUGCAGCAGUUCAGGGAGGCCGAGGUCGAGAUGGAGGCAUUUGGCGAACUGGUGAACCCUGACCUCUUCUACCAGUACAACACACAAACUACCCCGACAAGACCGGUAGCAUGGUGCCAUCUCAAUGAGACUGCUCCACGCUCAGCUGCCAGGUCUGACUGGAAACCAUCAGCUCUCUCUGGACAGACUGUGCCAGCUACAGCACACCUGUCAGCAGGUGCUGUCAGAGGUGAGGAUGGGGCUACUACUUUUGUAACUGAGCCUCUCACUCCAGAUGACCAACAAGUUGGCAGAGAUCUCUGUGGCUGGAGAGACUUCACCAGAGUCAAGUUCUGUCUGGCUACACUGCUGGUAGCCAUGCAG